AUGCUGGCUCGAUCAAGAAGCUGGUUGCCAUCUGGUUUAUUUAUAUACAAAUGCAUAUAUCGAUAUAUAGGUAGUGUGGGUGGACAUUCCCUGUGUAGCACGCCAAUGGAACAUCCCAACUCAAAGAAGAGCUUUGGCCAGUUGCUCGCAAAAAAGACCGCAGUGGUAGAUGCAAACAAGACACAGGGCAAUAUGGACUCAGGGACUGCCAACCGGCUGCGGAAGCUGCUACACAGAAGGAAACCCCAGUCUCCAGUAGUCCAAUCUGCGGUCCAAUGCCGAAUACCAGGCCAUUACGUGGAUAGCCGAGCCACACCGGCCGCUGGGCUCAUACGCAAUAGCGUAGCAUCGCCAGCGGUAUCCACGCUUCACAUCAACGAACGGUACAUCCGGUACGAUAUCAACACCAAGCCCUUGGUAGUCGUGUUGGCCAUCUCCCUCGUGUUUCUCGGCUGUCUGGUGGUCCUCAAGGACAUCAUCCUGCAAUCCUCUCAAAGCAUCGUGAGCGUGGUCAAAUGGAAGAUCAUCGGGGCACCCUUCGCAGGUUCCCCUCAAACAGGCCUGCUUGUGGGGCUCUUGGGCACUUUGUUCUCACCACUUUCCGUUGUCUCAUCGUGGCUGUCCUUCAUCUUUUGA